AUGUCCAACGACGCUAAACCUCUUCCUUUCCACUUCCAGUUCGCUGCCGGUGCCGUUGCCGGUAUCUCAGAGAUUCUCGUCAUGUACCCUCUGGAUGUGGUCAAGACGCGCAUGCAACUCCAGGUCAAGGGCCCCAAUGGUGAAGAGGCUUACAAAAAUAUGUUUGACUGCAUGUCCAAGAUUGUCAAGCAGGAAGGUUUCUCCCGUCUGUACCGUGGUAUUAGUGCUCCUAUCCUCAUGGAGGCUCCCAAGCGUGCCACUAAGUUUGCUGCCAAUGAUGAGUGGGGAAAGUUUUACCGCAAUCUCUUUGGAGUGGAGAAGAUGAACCAACCUCUGGCCAUUCUUACAGGUGCCACUGCCGGUGCUACCGAGUCCUUUGUCGUUGUUCCCUUCGAGCUCGUCAAGAUCCGUCUCCAGGACAAGUCUUCUAAGUACAAGGGCAUGAUUGAUGUUUUCCAAGCCAUUGUUCGUCAAGAGGGUCUGCUUGCUCUUUACAACGGUCUUGAGGCUACUCUCUGGCGCCACAUUUCCUGGAACGCUGGUUACUUUGGUAUCAUUUUCUCUGUCCGUGACAUGCUGCCCAAACCCGAAAACAACUCUGCUAAGAUCCGCAACGAUCUCAUCUCUGGUGCCAUUGGUGGUACCGUCGGUACCAUGCUCAAUACACCCUUUGAUGUCGUCAAGAGCCGCAUCCAAAACACAACCCGCGUUGCCGGUGUUAUUCCCAAGUACAACUGGACAAUUCCUUCAGUUGCACUUGUUUACAAGGAGGAGGGCUUUGGGGCACUCUACAAGGGCUUUUUCCCCAAGGUGUUGCGUCUUGGACCCGGCGGUGGUAUUCUGUUGGUGGUCUUUACCGCGUGCAUGGACUUUUUCCGCACUCUCCAGAAAUAG